UCACAGGGCCUGGCUCCUGCAUGCACACCUGACAUCAUCCAUGAGCAGGGCUGAACAUCUGCUUGUUGUCUGAGGAGCCCAGCACCCUCUUGCUAUGGCAUUUUAGUACCAGACUUGCACCCUUUUGCUUCAGGAACACUAGCAGAUCCUUGUACAGCAACAUAUGCAGGUCUAACAGAAGCACAGACGGUGAGAGAGGUUGUUGUUAACCUGCUUUAUGUAUCCUGAUGAAAUAUUGAGUGUGUUUGGUUGCAGAAUCAGGCCAAAGGCCCACCUACAUCAGAGGAACAAAGGAAGCUGCCUAUACCACAUCAGGCCAUUGGCAUCCAUCUAGUUCAGUACUGUUGACACUGAAUGGCAGCAUUUAUAAGUUCAAUCGGUCUGUUUGAGUUCACUUUUGUGAAAUCUUUUUCUGGCUUCAAAAUUAGGGUUAAUAAACAUUUUCCAUGUUUGUGGGACUGCCCCCCUGCCCCCAAGAUGUAUAAUAAUGUAUAAAUUGAAUAAUUUUGCAAACCAUGGGGAGAGCUCAGUCUGAAACACUUGGUAAUAUUCGCCGGAGAAUCCAUCUGGUCCCAGUGAUUUUCCUGUCCUAAGGUGCUUAAUAACAUUAGUAACCACUUCCUGAGAAAUUGAAGUGAGCCUGCAAUGCUCAAACCGGAUCACAAUGUCCCUUGGGAAUUCACCUGCUCUGCUUUUCCCAGUCGGGACUCUAUGAGCCCCCUCUAAAUCCACUGAGGGCAAUGGAAUAUAAAUGGAACCAUAUCCGCCCCUUCUACUUUUUCAAAGUCCUUUCCAGAGGGAGGGGCGCCAUGGGGAAAAAAGGAGAGCGGGGGGCCAAGGACAAGGCUGCAGCCUUGGAAGAAGAAGCCAGGAAUGCUGCCAGAAGGGCUGAACAUGGGGAAGAGGAAUACCAGUGCACAGGGAUCCUGGAGCAGGAUUUCUUGGAGCUCUGCACCCGGGCUGGAUUCCAAGAGAUCCCAAAAGUUACACUGAGGCCACACCCCAAUUCUUUCACUGUCCAGGAGGAGCCUGACCCACUGGCCGAGAGGGAGGGUCCCUACAUCAUUGCACAGAUCCAGUGCAAGUAUGCCUUCUUCCGCCCCACCAUCCAGGUGGAUUUGGAACAUGAGGACCCCAAAACCACUAAGGAGAUCUUCAUCCGGAACUGGAAAAUUGAAGACAAGAUGCUGGGUAUCUUUGCCAAGUGCCUACCAGCUCUUUCCCACCUCCAAUCAAUUCGACUCUGGAAGGUUGGCCUGACAGAUGUCACCUUCCUCUCUCUCCUCUCCAUUGUGCCAACCUGCUCCACACUCAAGACACUGGCCGUGGAGGGAAACCCUAUGCGUGAGCGAUUGUACCACAAGCUGGUUUCUGAAGAGACCAACUUGGCCCACAUUUCCCUCCGGAACAACGAGAUCGAUGACGAGGCGGCCUUACUGAUUGGACAGGCGCUUUCUUCUCUCAAGGGCUCAAACAAGAACCUUGCCUCUAUCAACCUCAGCUAUAACCACAUCACAGAUGUGGGUGCCGGCUACAUCGCCGAUGGCCUGCGGCUCAAUCGUUCGCUGCUUUCCUUGUCGCUGGCGCACAACCAGAUAAAAGAUGAAGGAGCCCUGAAGCUCGCAGAGGUUCUCGGCCCAUUUGCCCUCACACACAUGGAGGUGGUAGAGAGGAGGCGGCUUCUGCUGGAGAAGGAGGUCCAGGAAAGAUGUCGCUUGCCACAGAGACAUGCGGAACUGAAAAACGAGCGUCCCUCCAGCCACAUGAGCAGCAUAGCCCUCGAUAAGCUGCAGACAGCCAAGACCACCAAAGCUAUCACUAAGAAGAAGGAGAAGGAGAAGGAGAAAGAACUUCCUAAGAAGGAUGACAAGGGCCAGGCCAGUGCAGCAACAGCUGCACCAGCAACACCAGCAGCUCAGUCCAAGAAGGAAGACUCCAAGCAGGCCAAGAAAGUGGCUCCUCCUGCCGAACAGAAAGCCGCCCGCGGCAAAGGAGCAAAAUCAGGCACCAAAGACAAACGGGCUCAAGUCAUAGAAGUGGAGGUGAUAGAGCCCACUGAGAUGGUGAAUCCGCUGCUGGAGCCAGCAGAGCACAGGGAUGGGCAAGUCUUCCUGCCAGGCAACCGGGUCCUCAUCUACCUGAACCUCAUCCGUAACCAAAUCACAGAGAAGGGCUUGCAGGCCUUUCUGGUCGCCUUGGAACAGCAGAGUGUUAGGGUGGCUCCUGGAGGCAAAGGGCCGAUGGGCCUCCUGCGGCUGUCACUGGCGAAAAACAACUAUCCAGUGGACAGCAAGACCUAUGCCAGGAUCCAAGAGCUCAUGUGGACACGUGACCCCGUUCCCAGGUCAGGGACAGCAGCCAGGGUGGCAGAAGAGGAGACGGGGACGGCGUAGAGCUUUAGCUGGAGAGCACACCAAAAAUCCAGGAUGAUCCCGCUGGCCUCCUCACAGCGCUCCAUGGUUUCAAGCAUCACUUUGAACGCAGGGAGAGGGAGGAAACUGCUUCCCA